UUUCCCGGACGAAAUCGAAACGCUAGUGGGCAAUCUCGAAUAUCCUAGAUAUCCAUUUAUCGCCUUUGAGAAUUCAGAGCGCUUGUUCAAUAUGUCGUUGCCCUCGGAUUUCCUCUGGGGCUUCGCUACAGCUGCCUACCAGGUCGAAGGCGCAACCCAACAAGAUGGCCGUGGCGCAACUAUCUGGGAUACUUUUUGUGCUAUUCCGGGGAAGAUUGCAGAUGGAACUGACGGGUCCGUCGCCUGCGAUUCAUACAACAGAACUGCCGAAGAUAUCGCCCUCCUGAAGAGGCUGGGUGCUACUGCCUACCGCUUCUCUCUGUCGUGGGCAAGAAUUAUCCCUCUCGGUGGUCGGAAUGAUCCCGUUAACCAGGCUGGUAUUGACCACUACGUCAAGUUCGUCGACGACCUACUUGAAGCUGGUAUUGUUCCUUUCAUAACAUUACUACACUGGGAUGUCCCAGAUGCGCUUGACAAACGAUAUGGCGGACUUCUGAAUAGGAAAGAGUUCCCACUCGACUUUGAGCACUACGCCCGCAUCGUUUUCAAGUCAAUUCCUAAAUGCAAAAACUGGAUCACAUUCAACGAACCUUGGUGCAGUUCUAUCCUAGGAUACAGUACAGGGUUCUUCGCCCCUGGUCACACAUCUAACCGAGCCAAGUCCGCUGUCGGUGAUUCCAGCCGAGAGCCUUGGAUCGUCGGCCACAACUUACUCCUUGCUCACGGCAGAGCUGUUAAGGUAUACCGCGAAGAAUUCAAGCCUAAGGACAAGGGACAGAUUGGUAUCACUCUGAACGGUGAUUAUACAUACCCGUGGGACCCCGAGGACCCGAGAGAUGUCGAAGCUGCCAACCGAAAGAUUGAGUUUGCCAUCUCGUGGUUUGCUGACCCCAUCUACUUGGGCAAGUACCCCGACUCUAUGCGAAAGCAACUCGGUGACCGACUGCCGGAGUUCACACCUGAAGAGCUAGCUCUAGUUAAGGGCUCUAACGAUUUCUACGGCAUGAACCACUACACUGCCGACUAUGUCAAGCACGGCGACGGCAACCCGGCCCCGGAGGAUUUCCUGGGCGACCUAUCAACUCACCCCUACAGCAAGAACGGCGAGUGCAUCGGCCCCGAGACGCAAUCAUUCUGGCUACGCCCCAACCCGGAAGGGUUCCGAGGCCUACUCAACUGGCUCAGCAAACGGUACAACUACCCGCCGAUCUACGUAACGGAGAACGGAACAAGCAUCAAGGGUGAGAACGACUUAGAGGAGCCCGAGAUCCUUAACGACACGUUCCGAUACGAGUACUUCCGGGACUACAUCAACGCGAUGGCCAAGGCAUCUAGCGAAGACGGCGUCAACGUCAAGGGAUACAUGGCGUGGUCGUUGAUGGACAACUUCGAGUGGGCCGAGGGUUACGAGACCCGGUUCGGCGUCACCUACGUCAACUACGCCGACGGCCAGCAACGGAAGGAGAAGUAUAGCGCUAAGAAGAUGAAGGAGAUCUUCGACGCGGUUAUCAAGAAGGACUAAGGUUUAAGAGUGGUGGGUCAAAGGGGAUACCUAGGUACCCAGCAGAGAAAGCUGCGGGGGCUGGGGUCCGGAUAUUCUCAUUUCGGUCGUUUGUGCGUGUAUGCGUCUGUUAAUGGACCUCGAUACCUCUGGUAAUUUGGAGUAUGUUCAGGGUUAUUACGGUUGUUUUAGCUCUCUUAACUAUUCAUCGAAUAUUAUGACGUGUCUCGACUUUUUUUUUUUUAUUUGAGGUGACUACAGUUGCCCACCGGUAACUGGCUUUGUCAGAUUGCGUAUCGAAGACGUGAUAGCUGGCAAAUAGAAUCGUUACCGCGAGUAGCCGAGGUAUAUGUAUACCUUUACGCUGGAAAGAUAACAGGUAUAAAAUGGCCGUGGCCGAUGUCGAAGUUACCUACUGUUACCCUCGGUAAUAUAUAUCGAUGAUACCUACCUAUAGUUGGUUUUAUAUUUGCAGGGAAGGGUUUGCAUGAAGGAAUCGGAUAUGGGCCCGGCAAGACCUAUUAAAUCACCAGCUUAGACAUAGAUCGUGAUAGAAUAACUAUACGCAUUACUCGGG